CCUGGAUAAGUGGGGUUGAAGCCUCUUAAAUGUUGAUGAGGAAGGUUAGCUGGAGUGAGCAGAAUGAAGAAGGUUAGGGCUGUGAUGGUUUUACCCUCUUUGUGGUGCUAUGAGGGUGCCUACCUCAGGUCUUUUGCUCGAUUUCUGCUGGGAUUCCUAGGUUUCAUCUUCUGGGGUACUGCUGCAGCUCAGAUGUUUGGUGGAGUUUCAGUGAUCCUGAUGAUCAAGAACUACAGAUGUUUAUUUCAGGAGUCUUACUUGUCUCUCCCUGGUUGGUUGGCUCUUGCAACUGCACUUACAUUGCUACCUACUGGAGUUUUGGCUGUCUCUAUUUCUGUUAAGUGUUCCCGCCAUCAGCAAGGGACUCUCAUGUACUUGCUGCUGCUCCUUCUUUGCUUAGAAAUGUCUUCAGCAGCUCUAGCACAUUCCUACUGUGUUAGGACAGCGUCUCAGCUGGAAAGUGCUAUGGGUUACCUUGUUCACCAGCACAACUGGACAUGCUCCCAGGAUCCCGGAAACAGUGCUGUGGAUGUGAUACAGAGAGAGCUGCAGUGUUGUGGGGUCCACAACUACACAGACUGGCUAAAGGCAUCAUCCUUUUUGUAUCAUCCAGCUUGUGUCCCUGAAAGCUGCUGUAAGGAGAAGUAUUCUCAUUGCAGGGGAGACUUAGGCUAUGUGGAGCAACUUUCUGAGGAAGGCUGUCUAGAGAAGCUGGAAGACCAAUUGUGUUUUUCCAUGAUGUACAUCUUUUGGUGUUGUACUGUGCUAAGCAUCUUGGAGCUCUUGGCUGCUGUCAGCAAUGCCAUCCUCAUGAGACGUCAGCCAUUCCAUGAACUUUGUAUUCUGGACUCGUAUACCUUCUUACAGGACUAUAGAGAUGUGCUGGCAAAGGCUCUGUCCUACCUGCGUUGGACUGCACAGUGUGUGCUUGUAUAUAUGUGUCUGUUUGGAAAGUGUCUUAAGCCUCUCUGCUGACCUGGGAAUGGGCACUCCAGCAGCUUUAUCCUUUGGUAAGUAUGUGUAGGAGAUCUUGAGGGCCUACAGCUGCACCACAUUAGGUUUUACUGGACUGGAAACAAGGAAAAGGUCUGGGUCCUUUUCCUGCUGGACCUGGCAACUCCCUUAGUGCUUGAAGUAAUAGUCAGUUCAAUCAUUAUUGCUCUAAGUUUUUCACCAAACUUCAGGUAACUUAGUGGAAAUUUCAGACCUAAAUCACCAGAAACUGAUUUUCAUGAGUGGAAAAGAGAAAAAACCAGAGAACACUAGGUCAGUUCUUGAAUGCUAAUUAUUAGCCGUGUGAAACAACAAACAUGAAAUAUACUGCAAAUCUUCUCCAGUAAAAAAAAAGCAAAAGAACGACAAACCAAACCAACCAAAAAACCCCACCAAAAUCCAAACCCCUCCUUUCAAACAAUUAAGGUAUUGUUUUAGAUAAAGGAAAAUAACUAAUUCAUUAGACAGAGUAGUUCUUCAAUAAAGAGGGAAUGACAUGGGAUGGGUGUGGCAAUGAAUGAUGUUUGUCUGGUUAAGCACCACAAUAGGAACUUUGUGGUACCCUGGCACAUAGAUGCUUUGCAAUGCAAAUUACUGUUAUGACAUUAAAAAGAUGCGAUGAAAGUGAAGUGACAAUAAUAGGCCCAGGGAAAAAGAUUUUAUUGGAGAAAGUGGAAGAUGGAGUAGGUAAAGUACCUUUUUACCAUUUGCCUUUAUUAAGGAAGUUAUUAUUAUUCUCAAAUCUUAUACCUUACAACUUACUUCACAGUUUCUGAGCCAGAGUCUCUUAGAAGGGAAUGCCCAUAUUUUUCAUCAUUAAGCAGAAAGUAAUAAUUUCAAGGUGAUUAAAAAGAGUUACUUAUGCGGAUACCUUCAUCUAUUGUGUCUGCUAAAAGUUAAGGUCAUUCAUGAUUCCCUCUAUUCUUACUGUACUAAGAAAAUGAAAAUAUAAAUAUGAAAUUGACUGGACAUUGAGUAUAUGAAAUAGCUUUUAGUAGUUAUUUUUUCCCUUGCAUAUUUUUCCCUGUAGAAGAGCAGAUAGUAAACCCAGUAGUAAGUGUGAGGAUGCAUGAGACAGACAUAAUCCAGCUAAAAAUGGUUGAUAGUAGAGUAGAAGACAAAACAAUAGAUUUAUUACUCAUUUGAUGUUUUCCAGUUUGUUUCUGAAUACUUACUUUGGGACAGGAAUAACUUCUUUUGAAAUAAAAAUGGUGCUAUUUCUAAGCAAGUGCACUUAGUUUCUGUAUUGUAAGAUACAUAAAUGUAAGAUACAUAAAUCCUUAGGUGCUAUUGUAUUCUAUGCAUUUUGUAUUAAUUCUGAAAGGAUCACCAGCUGUUUUUCAUAAACUAAAAAAAUUAGCAGCUGUAUAGGAAGGCAGCAAAUGACUUACAGUUAGCAUUUCUGAAAAUUGUGUUCGUUUAGAUUUGAAGGGGAAAAACUGAUAUCCAGUGCAAAGCUGGAAAUGUGUUCUGUGAUUACCCUUUUACAGAGCUUUUAUAUAUAUAUAUCCCAUAUAUUCCAUACAUGAGCUGGUGACUAUACUGUGAUAUGUUUUGUAGAAGGCAACAGUCAGAAAGUUAGAAUUGUUUCUGAAAUGUAAAAGACAUUUUUAUUUUUGCAGCUUUUUCUUAACUGUCUUUCCCUCUUUCCCUCUUUCCAAUUUUUUUUCCAAGAACUCUGUAUUUUUUCCCUUAUUCCUUUAUUGUGAAUGCUGGCUUGAUUUAACUCUGAGUAGAACAUAAUUCAGCUUCUGAAUUAUGAGUUGUUCUUCAUCAAAUCUCUUGUCUUUUCAGUUCAAAAUUAAAUUCUGUCUCACAAACAGAAAGCAGAAAAUCUAGGCUUUGCUAGGAGGUGAUUGAAGACUCAGUCCCUGCCUAUCUUACAUGGAUAUUGUUAAAUCAGUUAAAAUUACUCUUUAAUUGAAAUUAUGGCUUUUGUAGUCUGUUGUAGAAUUGCACUAUGUAGAGUAGCAGGAGGUUGUAGAGUUACACGUUGUAUUUUCUUGAAAAAUUCGGCUUGCACAUAUAGGUUAACCUCCUUCUUACAAGGUGGAAUUACACAGGGCAAUAAAGAAGCUGAGAGAAGAAAGGAAAUCUAACUCUAAACUAUCACAGUAUCAUCCUGGAAGAUGAUGCAAAUAAUUUUUGACCUAAGAAGUACAGAGAAUGAGCUGAACUACUUAUUCAAUUAUGUCAAAUGGUCAGCAUUCAUUUAUUAAAUAAUAUAAAGUGAAAUUCAAUUAGAGCAAGUAAGUGAUUGCAUUAUGUAAAGCAAUUUUUAAAACUGGGUAAUAUGAUAAUCAUUUAUUACAUUAGGUUCAGAAUAUUGGAUAUUGGUACUUGAAUUAAUGGAAAUGCUUAUGAUGGACUAGUUAAAAGAGUUUGCAAGUGAAACCACUCCUCCUUGUAUUUCUUUUUUAGUAUUGAAUGUGCUGCUAUUGCUUUCAAAGCAAAGGCUCAGAUUUUACUGUGGCAUUGUUCUUAUAAGUAAAUUCUUGUAAACAGUACUUGUAAAGCUAAUUAAUAAGAUGUCCAAAACAUGGGGGAAAGGAUCACCAAUUAAGCGUCUUAACAGAGGGAAAAAUUGAGUGCUAAAAUUGCAAUCUUAUAGUAAACAUACUAACAUAUUAUGAAAAUAAAAUAUCUCAGUAUCUUUCUACAA